AUUGCUAAACUUAGAAAGAAAUUUGUUGAGGUUGAGACUGAGAAUAUCGAGAUUAGAAUUAGAAAUGCCAAAGUUAAGAUUGAAAAUAUUGAGAUUAAAGUUAAAAAUACAAAGUUAAAACAAAUUUUGAAAGAAUAUGAAACUAGAUUUAUGAAAUUAGAAUGUGAUGUUUCACUAAUCAAGGAACAGAAUACACAAGGCAUAGAUAUUAAUAAUUCUAUUACUCCUAUAACUCCCAAACAGAUAAUUUCACAAAGUGUGGAUAUUCUUGCAUCUGAUACACCCAACAUAACAAAUUUUGGCAUUAGCCUAUCUUUGAUUGAUAUAUACCAGAAGUUAGAGACUCACGUGAAACCUAAAUUAUUGAAUGAUAUAGAGAUUAGGCAGAAGAAUAGGAAUAAAAAACUUCAGUGUGAAUUACCUAAUCAGAAAGUACACUCAAUUUUUCAAAAUACUGUAUCCACUACUUUCUGUGAAACAGGACUUAAUUCAGUCAUACCCCAGUUAUCACCAGAUAAUGGAGAUAUUAUUAGUCUAUAUAAAAACACAUAUGAUGUGGAAGCUGAUGCAAUCGAAGCCAAUAGAGAAGAAAUAUCACAUUGGUGUUUCUAUGCUAAAGAAUUUAAAAAUUCAGAAUUAUCAGAAGCUUCGGUAAAUACAUCUACUGGAAUUGAAAUAAGUGAUAUAAAAACCAAUGUAAAUAAACCAUAUUCUUUAAUUACUGCUUUAUCUGAUGAUGAGUCAGAAAAUUUUUUUAAUGAUAAUAUUAUGAGUACAAUGCAUUUUGAUGAUAUCAGAUAUACUAACUAUCAAAGAAAUAACAAGAUAGAAGAUAUAGAUUUCACAUAUUCUGAAAAUGAGA